AUAUACUCCGUAGUUAAUAAAGGCCACCGUAUAAAAUACGGAGUGCAGCAUCAUCACCAUUCAUUAACCAAAAAUUAAAGACACUUUUGUGUUCUUGAGAAGCCAAAGUGGGAAGCAGAAACAAGAAGAAAUCAGAGUACAAAAUCAUCACCCCAAUUCCUCAGCACAAACCCUCCUCAUCUCACCCAUGGUUUGAUGCACCAAGAAUCCCAGAGAUGGGUUUCUCGUCUCAAACCCCCUUUUCCGCCGCCAUUAAAACCCCAUCAUUUCUUCUUCUUUUUCUUCUUCUUCUCCUCCUCUCCAUCCAUGUCCUCAUUUCCCAAGCCAGCUCCGAAUCUGAGUUCACCACCCUGAUUUACAAGGGUUGUGCGAAGCAGGAUUUGUCAGAUCCGGGAGGGGUUUACUCGCAAGCCCUCUCUACCCUUUACGGCUCUCUCAUUGCCCAGUCCUCCAAAUCCAAGUUCUUCAAAACCACCACUGGGAGCAGCCCUAACACUGUGACUGGCCUCUUCCAGUGUAGGGGUGACCUGUCCAAUGUAGAGUGCUAUAGCUGUGUGAACAGGCUCCCGAUUCUCAUAGACAAGCUCUGUGGCCGCCCCAUGGCCGCAAGAAUCCAGCUUUUUGGGUGCUACAUGCUCUAUGAGGUCUCCGGGUUCCCACAAAUCUCAGGGAUGGAGAUGCUGUACAAGACUUGCAGCAAGAAGAAUGGGCAGGGGAGUGGGUUUGAGGAGAGGAGGGACACUGCAUUUACCAAUUUGGUUGGAGGGAUGGGUAGUAGCUCCAAUGGGUUCUACACCACCAGCUAUGGGUCUGUGUAUGUGUUGGGGCAGUGCGAGGGCGACGUGGGGAGCUCUGACUGCGGCGAGUGUGUGAAAAGUGCUGUCCAGAGAGCUCAGGUUGAGUGUGGGAGCUCUAUUUCUGGCCAAAUCUUUCUCCACAAGUGCUUUGUUAGCUAUAGCACUUAUUCCAAUGGCCUCCCCAAGCCUUUAUCCCCUUCAUCCCCAUACCAAUCUCCUUCCUCAGGACAAAAUGCAGGGAAGACGGCAGCUAUAGUAGUUGGAGGGGCUGCAGGAGUGGGAUUUUUAAUCGCUUGCUUGCUGUUUGUGAGGAGUUUAACAAAGAAACGUGACGAUUAUUAAAGGAAAAGCAGCUGGGUUCUUAGCUGAAACAUGUACUGCAUUAUGUUAAUUCCAUCAGAGGGAAAAAUACUUGACAUCUUACUGGAGUUGGACUUAUGUUGGUGAAGAACUGAUUGGGAGUUUGGGUAGGUUUUUUUUUUUUUUUGUGGGUUGGUGGGGGUGCCAGCUGUUAAUGAAUGUUAAGUAAUUUUCUUUUGUUUUUAAUUUUUUUGGGAGGGAUGAUGCAAGAAAGAAUCCAUUUUUGUCAACAAUGAAAAUGAUUGGAAAAUAGCCCUACAGGGGUUUUG